CCUAAGCUACAGCAGACAGCAUCUAGGUCUCUCAAUGUUUGUCAGCGAUUUUAUUAGGGUCUUAAUGUUAUCAAUUUAAUUUCCCAUCUAAAUUUCAAUUAAAAAUAUGAACAUGAUUUACCGACUGUUCUUUUUUCUGUGCUACUUAUAUUUUCUCACGUCUUCAGCAAAUGGUAUGAAGCAGAUAGAAGCUAUUCCUGACGCUAAACGACUUUAUGACGAUCUGCUGAGCAACUACAACCGUCUGAUACGACCUGUCAUCAACAACACUGAAUCCGUCACUGUCUGGCUAGGACUCAAACUGACUCAAUUGAUCGAAAUGAAUUUAAAGAACCAAGUUCUAACUACAAAUGUAUGGGUGGAACAGAAAUGGGUUGACUACAAGUUGCGCUGGGACCCAGAGGAGUAUGGAGGAGUUGAGAUGUUGUACGUUCCUUCUGAACACAUUUGGCUUCCAGACAUUGUGCUCUAUAACAAUGCAGAUGGCAACUACGAAGUUACUCUGAUGACCAAAGCCACACUCAAGUACACUGGUGAAGUGAUCUGGAAGCCACCGGCAAUUUACAAGUCUUCUUGCGAGAUAAACGUGUUGUAUUUCCCUUUCGACCAACAAAGUUGCAUCAUGAAGUUUGGAUCCUGGACCUACAAUGGGUAUCAGGUUGAUUUGAGGCACAUGCAGCAACAAACAGGAUCUAACCUGGUGCCUGUUGGUAUUGAUCUCAGCGAGUUCUACCUCUCCGUGGAAUGGGAUAUUCUCGAGGUUCCGGCUAGCAGAAACGAGGAGUACUACCCUUGUUGUCAAGAACCGUACUCUGACAUAACUUUCAACCUCACAAUGCGGCGGAAGACUCUCUUUUACACUGUCAACCUCAUCAUUCCAUGUGUAGGAAUCACAUUCCUUACUGUCUUGGUCUUCUACUUGCCUUCAGAUUCAGGGGAAAAGGUGACAUUGUGCAGUUCAAUCCUCGUGUCCCUGACUGUGUUUUUCUUGCUGCUUGCCGAGAUCAUCCCCCCUACGUCACUCGCCGUGCCUCUACUCGGCAAAUACUUGCUGUUCACCAUGAUCUUGGUCACUCUCUCUAUCUGCGUCACUGUAUGCGUCUUGAACGUACACUUCAGGUCUCCAUCUACACACAAGAUGUCUCCUUGGGUUAAGAAAGUAUUCUUGCACAUAAUGCCAAGGAUUCUCAUGAUGAGACGACCUCCGUACUCUCUACGAGACUCUUACGAUGAAUCUUUCUCUGAUGGGGGAUACAUCAAUGACGGCGACUUCAGAGACAGUAUCAGUGAUCCUUACCCAGGAGACUCCAAGGAUCCUCAUGAACCACGAGGUUUUGAGUCCGUCGCCACCGCUUACCGCUCAGCACUGAAUGACGACAGUCGACAUCAACCGCAUUCCUCAAUGACUGAGUCUGAGAACACGCUGCCUCGGCAAAUGUCACCUGAUGUGUUGUCAGCUUUACAAGGAGUCCGGUUUAUUGCUCAGCAUAUCAAAGACGCUGAUAAAGAUAAUGAGAUUGUGGAAGACUGGAAGUACAUUUCGAUGGUGCUCGAUCGGUUUUUCUUGUGGGUUUUCACUCUAGCUUGCAUCGGCGGAACUUGUGGCAUCAUCUUCCAGGCUCCGUCACUCUAUGAUACUCGAUUACCAAUAGAUCAGCAACUCUCGGAGAUUCCGUUCCGCAAAAACAAUCUUCAUCUACCGGACGAGUUUGUGCAGAUUCAUUACACUGGUGUAUUCUAAGGAGGCAUGAUGGCCAUUUGAUUUAUAAGAGAAAAGUAAUUUACCUCUGUAUUGAGGUUACGGUACAUCUUAUUCUUAGUAAGAAUAAUGUACCGUAACCUCAAAAGCAACACUUUCAGAAUAACAGAAUUCAACAUUCGAUAAGGUAUAUUAGAGAGUUGUUGAUAUCUAGAACCCCCAGCAAUUUAUCGCUUGAAUGGGGUUUCAGAAAUGCUAUUAUAAGGAGUCCUUGCUUUCGAGGUUUGUCAGUAUUCACCAACCUUGAAGUUUAAUAGCUUCAAAGAUCAAUAUACCCUUUAGAAAGUAGUGUUUUUUCUUAGAUUUUUUAGGAUAUUAUAUCAUUGUAAGAAACUUGCAAACAGUUGAAUACACUAAACAAUACAUUAACACACAGAUUGUAUACAGUAGGAUAUAUAGUAUGAAUUGCUAUAUCCAGCAAUGUUUUUGUUGUUUAAAAAUUGUGUUAACACUCAUUUAACUGUGAUUUAAUAGUUGAUACUUAACUUUGUUAAAUAUGUAUGCCAAAGUUAAUAAGUUUGUCAAUUUAAUAGUUAUUUAAAUGUCUUCCAAAUACAGUAUAUUUAAAGCUCAAAUACAAUGAUUUCUAUUGAUUUGAAGAAUAUAAGUGACAUAGGUAAAAAGGGUUUACUAAUAAAGCGAAACAAAGUUUUCCAUUUCCUAUAAACAAGUAUUAUUUUAUUAAUAUUCAAGUUAAUAUAGGUAAAUUUUAAGUUUAUUGCCGCAGAUGGUGUAUGAUAUAGCGUACAUUUAAGUUACCUAAGUGAGAAUAUGAAAUAGUUAUACUUUAGAAGUUAUAGGUUACUUAGAUGCUUAAAGUAUCGUAAGAUUGUUAAAUAAAGUGUAAAGGUUGUGAAUUAUUUUUACUGUUUCUACUGUGAUUCUUAAAAACUAUGUUGUUCUAAUGUUUAUUGAUAAGGUAUUUAAUUUUAAGUCACAAAACAAAAAGUGGACAUUUUGUUAUUUAGAUGGAUGUGUUAUAUAAAGAAAAUGAUAUAUUACCUUA